GGGACCGAGGGGCAGGGACCCAGGCGCCCCUCCCCGGAGCCCGGAGCAUCCCCGGGCCGGCCGCGGGGCUCCGGGCUGGGCUGGAUUGCGAGAGGGGCGCCGUGCCCCUCUCUGUCCCCACUCCGUGCCCUCGCUCCGCGUCCGCUCUGUGCCCCCACUCCGUGUCCCCGCUCCGCGCCCUGCCCGGUGCGCUCCCGCCCUGCCCGGGACAGACGGACCGAUAAGGGGACCGAGAGCGGCACGAUGCCCGGGAGCCUGACGGGACUCGGGCUGGGGCUGGCUCUCGCCUUAGCCCUGCUGCUGCUGCUGCUGCUUCGCGGAGCCUGCUCCCGGUCCGGGGAGCCGCUGGACGCCGGGGGACAGUGCCGGCCGCCUGGAUCGCAGGGAGACCUGAACUCGUUUCUCUGGACCAUUCACCGGGACCCUCCUGCCUACCUGUUUGGCACCAUCCACGUUCCAUACACACGAGUCUGGGACUUCAUCCCAGACAACUCGAAGGCAGCCUUUGAAGCCAGCGCCCGGGUUUAUUUUGAACUCGACCUCACCGACCCCUACACCAUUUCGGCCCUGGCCAGCUGCCAACUUUUGCCCCACGGUGAGAACCUGCAGGACGUGCUGCCCCGGGAGCUGUACCGGCGGCUCAAGCGCCACCUGGACUACGUGAAGCUCAUGAUGCCCACCUGGAUGACGCCGGACCAGAGGGGCAAAGGCCUGUACGCCGACUACCUGUUCAACGCCAUUGCAGGUAACUGGGAGCGCAAGCGGCCGGUCUGGGUGAUGCUAAUGGUGAACUCACUCACCGAGACGGACGUGCGUUCACGCGGGGUCCCGGUGCUGGACCUAUACCUGGCGCAGGAGGCCGAGCGCCUGAAGAAGCGCACGGGCGCUGUGGAGAGGGUCGAAGAGCAGUGUCACCCACUCAACGGUCUCAACUUCUCCCAGGAGAGCUCGGGGCUGCAAGCGGCCUGGGGGCUGACCUGGCGGCUGUGGGGAUGA